UCAACAAUUCUUCACAUUUUAUUCACUCCAAUUCACAAACAACCUUCAAACCAAUACUACAGAGACAAAAAUCUUCAGAAUCUUUAACUUAAUGGCGCUCGAGGCUCUUACUUCACCAAGAUUAGCUUCUCCGAUUCCUCCUUUGUUCGAAGAUUCUUCAGUCUUCCAUGGAGUCGAGCACUGGACCAAGGGAAAGCGAUCUAAGAGAUCAAGAUCCGAUUUCCACCAACAAAACCUCACUGAGGAAGAGUAUCUAGCUUUUUGCCUCAUGCUUCUCGCUCGCGACAACCGUCAGCCUCCUCCUCCUCCAGCGGUGGAGAAGUUGAGCUACAAGUGUAGCGUCUGCGACAAGACGUUCUCGUCUUACCAAGCUCUCGGUGGUCACAAGGCAAGCCACCGUAAAAAUUUAUCACAGACUCAUUCCGGCGGAGGAGGAGAUGAUCAGUCAACGUCGUCGGCGACAACCACAUCCGCCGUGACUACUGGAAGUGGGAAAUCACAUGUUUGCACGAUCUGUAACAAGUCUUUUCCUUCCGGUCAAGCUCUCGGCGGACACAAGCGGUGCCACUACGAAGGAAACAACAACAACAACACUAGUAGCGUGUCAAACUCCGAAGGUGCGGGGUCCACUAGCCACCUCAGCAGCAGCCACCGUGGAUUUGACCUUAAUAUCCCUCCGAUCCCUGAAUUCUCAACGGUCAACGGAGACGACGAAGUCAUGAGCCCUAUGCCGGCGAAGAAGGCCCGGUUUGACUUUCCGGUCAAACUUCAACUUUGAGGAAAUUACUUAGACGAUAAGAUUUGUUUCUUCGUUUGUAUUCUGUAGGAAUUUGUUGACUGUACAUACCAAAUUGGACUUUGACUGAAUCCAAUUCUUCUUGUUCUUUCAUUUUAAAAAUUAUUCAACCGAUUCUUUACCACAUAUUUUACAAACGCGUUGAGUUUUUAUCUGAAUAGCAUAAAGUGAUACCACUACA